AUGGUUGAAAAGAAAGAUGACGAUGAACAUGAUAAAACUGAAGCAGAGAAUGGCGAGAAUAUAGACGAUAAAAGCCAUACAGACAAACACCAGCACGGGGAGGAAUAUAUAAAGCCUGGUAAUAAGGACUAUCUCAGUUACUAUGUCUAUCAAGGUGAGUGGAGACCCACGAAACCUAAGCGUGAGGUGGCUGCUACCAACAAGGGACCUGGACCAGCUAUCGUUAAUUUACCGACCGCCAUUGGUGAUCAAGAUCAUGACCCUCGAAGAAUAAGAGCUCCUGCUUAUAAGAUAGGAGAAAGAGAUAUGCGACAUUUCUAUUCUUGCGCGCCAGGAUCGGCGAAAUAUGAUACUAGGACUUUAACAAAUAAAGGCAAGGAUGUAUGUCACGCUCCGAAAAUUGGCGAAAAGAUCAAAGGCAUGAAACCAUUUGAGUCACCCGGACCUGCUAAAUAUCACAGAGGGGACAGCGAUGGAAUAGUCUUUAGCAGAGCACCCGCAUACACGAUGCAAUUUUUCCACGACUUCGCCAGGCCUUUUAACAGUCCAGCUCCCGACAGAUAUACCUUACCAGAAUGCAUGGGCUCCAGAAAAGCACCAUAUGGUGGCGGUCCACAGUAUGUCAUAGGAGAAAGACUGGAUAAAACUGGAAUACCUCAAUUGAAUCCAGGCCCUGCAGCUUAUCAGCUACCUUCUACGAAUGUCACUAAACAAAAGCCUCCUGCUUAUACGAUGGGAUUGAAGACACUGUCUCAGAGGAUUGGAACUGCAACACCUGGUCCUGCUUCAAACGACUUGCAUAUGGUAAAAUUUCACAAACCUGCAACGCCUCGCUUCACAUUUGGAAUUCGACAUAGCCCGUACAAAGCUUUUCAAGCAUUUGCUCCUGGUGACUGA